CACCUCGGCGCAGGGAGCCGAGAAACGGUCGCGCAGUUUGAAAUUAACGCCGGCGGGCGGGGCCUAGCUCGCAAGUUCGGGCGGGCGGGCGGCCUUCUCCACCCUGCGGCUCCACCUUCGCCAAUCCUAAUCCGGGCUCUCGGGCCACCCUCAUCUUUGUACCUGCCGCUAGGGUCCCUCCCAGCAGGACUCGCGGUCCAACGCCCGAGGCCCACAGGCCUUGGGAGCCCGCGCCCCGGGAGAGGUGGUGCUUGAGGAACCCCGCGGCUUCAGCGCCCCAGCCCGCGGGCCCAGGGCGAGGAGGUGGGCGGAGCCCGGCUUUGGCGCGCGGCGCGACGCAGCGAGGCCUCGGCGGUGCGGCCUGCCUCCCCCACCCCCCAGGAGACCCCCAAGGCGCCACGCCGCGGACGUUCUUCAAGUCUUCGAUUUAAAAAAAAAAUGGCCUCCAAUAAAACUACAUUGCAAAAAAUGGGAAAGAAACAGAAUGGAAAGAGUAAAAAAGUUGAAGAGGCAGAGCCUGAAGAAUUUGUGGUAGAAAAAGUACUGGACCGGCGUGUAGUGAAUGGGAAGGUGGAGUAUUUCCUCAAGUGGAAAGGGUUCACAGAUGCUGAUAAUACUUGGGAACCGGAAGAAAAUUUAGAUUGUCCAGAAUUAAUUGAAGCAUUUCUUAAUUCUCAAAAAGCUGGUAAAGAAAAAGAUGGUACAAAAAGGAAAUCUUUAUCUGACAGUGAAUCUGAUGAUAGCAAAUCGAAGAAGAAAAGAGAUGCUGCUGACAAACCAAGGGGUUUUGCCAGAGGUCUUGAUCCUGAACGAAUAAUCGGUGCCACCGACAGCAGUGGAGAAUUAAUGUUUCUCAUGAAAUGGAAGGACUCAGAUGAGGCAGACUUGGUGCUGGCAAAGGAGGCAAAUAUGAAGUGUCCUCAGAUUGUCAUCGCCUUUUAUGAGGAGAGGCUGACUUGGCAUUCUUGUCCAGAAGAUGAGGCACAAUAAUUGUUUGCAUUUUUAUAUAUAUUUAUAUAUAUAUAAAAUCUGGAUCUUUGGUUUUGAAUUACUAGUGUGGAAAAAAUAGCGUUCUAAUGAAAAUCGAGUUUGAUAUGCUGGUUUUGAAGUAUUGACAGUAGUUGGGAUAUUUUUGGUUUUUGUUCUGCAUCAAAAGGCACUGAUUCCUUUGAGCAAAUGAAAGCUUUCUGUAGUUGCUUCUUUAACAAUAGAAUAUUUGAUACCAUGUUGUAUUUCCUCGGCUUUGAAGAACAGCUUUUCUUAAACGCUGAGGAGAUUUUACAGUCAUUACUCAAUCAGAACUUAUUUUUAACUGGGACACAGAAGGACCAUUCUGAGUUUUUUGUUUGUAUGCGUGUGUAUGCAUAAAACACUUGCGUAACUGUUUUUCAUUUUGUCUUGUUUUUUAAUGCUCAAAAACUGUAGAUGAAAACAUGUGUUGAUGAGAUUCCAUCAUUGUGAACGUUUUCCUAAAACCAUAACCUUUCAGAUUAAGUAGAUGAUUCUGUAAUUUAUUGGAUAGUUUUACAGCAACCACAUCCGAAUUUAUGUAUUAUCACAUAAAUACAGUAGUUUAUUUACAAAAGUUUGUCCUUACAAACUCCCCCUUCAGAAAAUGGAAUUAGACAAAGUAGUAGUAUGAUUUAAUAACAAGACUUAAGCUGGGUGUGGUGAUGCAUGCCUUUAAUCCCAGCAUGAAGGCAGACGGACCUCUGAUUUAGACUAGAUUAGCCAGGGCUACACAGAGUCCCUGUUUCUAAAAACCAAACAAAAAGACUUAAAUGGGCAUGUAAAUGUUCCUCUAGUGAACCGUUCCUUUAUAGAAAGUUGAAAUCUACUAAAAGGUUAUGAUUUGUGGGAUAUCUGUUUGCUGUGGAAAUGGGAUCAUGGUUAGAGAUGAUGUUGGCAAAUUCAGACCCGCUGACAAAAUGAACAAAAUUUGGUAAUAUAAAUUAAUGACUUGCAUGCUUUUUCUGUACCCUGACUCAUUCCUUACUGGUAGGAUCAAUCUUUUCAGUAUUUGGGUUCUGGUUCAAUGAGCCAGAAAAGUAACUUUGUAGUAUCAGAAUGUCAUCCAACUGUAUAUUUACUUUAUUGUAAAUAAUGGUGAACAGUGGUCAAUAAAUAGUUUUAUAUUCCUUUA